UCCUGAAAACGGUUGGGCAGUGGUGGGCAAGGUUUUAUCGUCGCGCUGUAAAGCAAAACGUUUUGGCGCUUGCUCAAGUUUCACCUGCUUCAUCGCAUCCAUAUUAGUUCGCAAAAAACACAGGAGGUUCGAUCAGGAGAGCAAGAAUUUUGGGAUGGAUCAAUACCACAGACUCUCAGACGCCAGUGCUGACAGCAGUGCCUCAGAUCACAGCAUGAACAUUUCUGCUGGUGUGAUCAAAGUGCUAAAAAAACAUGGAUACACCAUAAAAAAAGAACUUGGACGUGGAGGUUCAGGAAUAGCGAUUCUGGUGGAAGAUACAGAGGGUGAUCCUUUUGUGGUCAAACAGAUGAAUUCCAGAGAUGGGGAGGAGCUGGAUACGGUCAAAAAGGAAGUCGAGAUCUUGAAAACUCUAAACUUUGGAUAUGUUGUUACUUAUGUCGAUUCAUUUGAAGAUAAAGAAGCGGGACGCAUUUAUAUUGUGAUGGAGUUUUGUGAGGGAGGUGAUCUUUCAAAAAUCAUGGAAACACAGAAAAAAGAAAGUUUUUUUGAAGAAAAACAGAUCCUUUACUGGCUGGUUCAGAUUUGUCUGGCUCUGCAGUAUCUACAUGAGAGGAGAGUUCUUCACAGAGAUAUAAAACCUCAGAAUGUCUUUCUGACUGAAGAUGAUUACAUCAGUCUAGGAGAUUUCGGAUGCUCAAAAGCUUUGGAAAGAGAUGAUGAAUAUGCUUGUUCAGUAGUGGGUGCAAACCUCUAUGUCAGCCCAGAAGUUUAUGAGAAGAAACAUAAUUCCAAGAGUGACAUAUGGUCAUUGGGGUGGUUGCUUCAUGAUCUCUGCAUGCUCGAUGUGUGGGUAAGUAUUUACUUUUUUUCUCAAUAAGCACUGUAUUACUGCAUUACAGUCUAAUGAUGAUGAUGAAAUACCAAAGGGGUAAAAUUAGUGUUUAUUAAAUAACUCAAGACAGUAAAUAAAAAAAUCAAAUAUACUGGUGUGAAAAAAUGUAUUUAAUUAAAAUAAAAGUAAUUUGUAAUUUGAAAAUACAAACAAAAUUGACAAGCAAUAAUUUGAAGUGCAAGAGAAACAAUCGUGUUGGAUACACAUAAGAAAGAGAGAAAACAACUUAACAACUUAUAAAACAACAUUCUCUUUUAUGUAUCCCCUUACACUAGGAUCCUUGCAGUACAGUUUAGCUGUUUUUUAACACAACUAGCUUCUAGUCAGGUCAAGUCAACUUUAU